AUGGCAACUCUCCAGACCGUCCGGCGCUGGAUCAUGACUGGCGCAGUCGCUGCCAUCACAAUAACCGGGACCAUCUAUGGCGCGGGGUUGAAGGGACAGCAAGAAAUCAAGCAGCAAAAACGACAGGUCCUCCAAGCCACACCCGAAGAACGGAUCGCCCAACUCGAAGUCACACGCGCCGAUUUAGUCCUAAAGAAGAAUGAGAUGGAAAGGAAAAUCGCAAUGAUUGUCGAAAAGAGGAGGGCGAAAGAGCAAGGGCAGACUGAAGGGAGAUGA